AGAGACCACUAUUGGUUCCUCAAGGGGCGUUUGUUGAUGACCACCCGGUGGGUGCCUGAGGCAAUAGAAACCCCCACGUGCCAAGUCUUCUGAAAAGGGGAUAGUGUAUCCAAGCACGCAAUCGGCCAUUUGUGAUAUCAUGGCAGUCAAUCCAAUCUUCCCCCUCCCAAUCCUUCAAUUGACCUGGUCAACUCCAAUUUCACGCUUCAAAAUGGUAUCGAUUCUUCCCCGUGCUGGUUUCCGAGCUUUCACAGCCCUUCCCCGGGCUGCUACCCUGCCCAGGGUCUCCCUCUCCUCCAAGCUUCCCCGCACACAGCUUCUGGCGCAGCCCAUUGCUCGCCGGUUCGUCUCAAACAUUCCCCAGGAGCAACCUCGCCUACGUCUAGGAUCUACUGCCCCGAAUUUCAAGGCCCAAACCACCAAAGGCGAGAUCGAUUUCCAUGAAUUCAUCGGCGACAGCUGGGCCAUCCUCUUCUCCCACCCGGCCGACUUUACCCCAGUCUGUACAACCGAGCUUGGUGCAUUCGCUAGGUUGAAGGGCGAGUUCGAAAAACGAGGUGUCAAAAUGAUUGGACUGAGUGCCGACGACCUUAGCUCCCACGGCGAAUGGGUCAAAGAUAUCAACGAGGUUGGCAACACUAACGUCCAAUUCCCCAUCAUUGCCGAUCCCGACCGUAAGGUUGCCUUCCUCUACGACAUGAUCGACCAGCGUGACUUGGACAACAUCGCCGAGAAGGGUAUUCCCUUCACCAUCCGUGCAGUCUUCAUCAUCGACCCCGCCAAGAAGAUCCGUCUGACCAUGCUCUACCCGGCCUCCACCGGCAGAAACUCCGCCGAGGUGCUGCGCGUCAUCGAUGCUCUGCAGACCGCCGAUAAGAAGGGAAUCGCGACCCCUAUUGACUGGACUGUGGGCGAGGACGUGAUUGUGCCCCCGUCCGUGUCGACAGAGGAUGCGAAGAAGAAGUUUGGCGAGGUCCGGGAGCUGAAGCCGUACCUGCGCUACACCAAGGCCUAGAUGUCAAUGGUCCUGUAUUAAACGCUGUACGAUAAAACAUAAUUCAAUUGAAGGGGUUCGAUCUCUGACUCCGUUGCGCGCUGGUCGCGUUUUUGGAUCGAUAUUUGAAGUAAGAUGGGAGUGGGGAGUACGAUGCGGUGCGAUGCUGAUCUUGAUGGAUAUCCUGCGGCGAGGAUCAAUAAGAGGGAGAACACAAAGGAGUCGGUGAUCCGAGUCUCAGACUGAAUGGACGCUUCGCUCUGUCGGGCCGAAAAGGCCUUCCGGAAGAAUAACGUAGAGAAGCCAAGGCCCGAAAAGAAUGUCCUCCGUAGCUUCCCCCACACCCCCGCAAGUCCCAAGCUGAAGCUGUGUUUACCGGAACCGAGAUAGCAAAAGGCGAC